AUUAUUUUUAUUAUUUGUUUCAGAACGUGAACAAUAUGAGCAGAAGAUGAAGUUUAUACCUGCUUGAGAUUUGACCUCUUGACUAGUCAACAGUAAAAUAAUGUGGGAUAAUCCAAGUCUUCGAUGUCUUUUAGUGGUAGCUUGCCUACAUCUGACCAGCUUACUUUAUAGUCAAGAGACAGGUUAUUCAGAAGCACCUCAGACUUUGAGAUGUAUAACACAUGAUUUCAGUAUAAUGACCUGUUCUUGGGAUGCCUUCUCCAGUACAAACCUUGGACAGACUUAUGAGUUCUGUUAUGAAAACAGUGGCCUUCUAGUAUGUAAUAAAAAUGAGGAAAAAAGUGCAGAUAUUCCAAUUGUGCAUGGCUCCACCACCAUAAAGAUAACCACAUUAAAUGCUUCUGGAACUCCUUUCGCUUCAACAACAUUCAUAAUGCCUGAGAAAAAUGUUUCAUUCGUUCCACUCACUCCACAAAUUCUUAGUUUGACUCCUGACUUUUCGACUGAGAUGUUAUAUCUGAAGUGGAAGGAUGGUGGCUCAGCCUUCCCAUUUGAUUUAGAUGCCACCUGGCAGAUUGAGGUUCUGCGUAAAGAAACAUUGGAGAGAGUGACACAGGUGACCUACCAUUCAAAAUUGACUUCUAAAGACACUGUUCUUUCAUGGAACUGGAAAUCAGACAUGCCCCUGGAGUGCGUGUCGCACUCUGUGAGGAUCAGAUGUUAUAUAAAUAAAAUGAAUUAUGGUGGUAACAAGGAAUGGAGUGAAUGGAGCCCAAUUGAAACAGUUCCUGGAGAAGAGCCUAAGUCCAGUUUUGCCAAGGUUUUUCCUCAGGACAAAGUGGUACCAGUUGGUUCCAAUAUGACAUUUUGCUGCUUACACAAUGAAGAUGAAAGAAUAGAACAUAUUAAAUAUGGGUUAGACUCGUAUCCACUUCUUCAUCUCAGCAAAUGGAGCAGUGCAAUCACAGUACAGAACGUCACAGCUUCAGAAUCUAGUGGGACAAAUAUCUGGUGUUCACUGCUGCCCUAUGGCGUGGAGGGAACUGUUUUAUUUGUAGGAUAUCCCCCUGAUACUCCACAAAAUCUGACUUGUGAAACACACACCUUGGACAAAAUAAUAUGUACCUGGAACCCAGGAAGACCCACUGAACUCUUUGCAUCACGCCAAACAAACUACAUUUUAUCUGAAAGAAUAUCUGGGAGAAAUGGUACCUGCAGAGUAAUUGAAAAUACCAUGGGAAAUGUGUGCAUCUUUACAGUGCUUGCCACUCAGAAAAUCUACAAUUUCACUCUACAAGCUUUCAAUCCUGUUGGUCAAUCAGAGUCAUCACUUUCAAUUGAUAUAAACCAAAGAGUUCAUCCAAAAACUCCUUCUAAAUUCACUGUUGCUGGUGAAAGCCCAACAAAAGUCCAUCUGUCUUGGUAUUUACCUGGCAACUUUAUUGAGAUUAAGCUUCUGUGCCAAAUUGAAAUUAGCAAGAGUCAUUCAGAACCAGAACUGGACAACGUCACAGUAUAUGGUACAGUAAACUCUCACUAUAAAGCUCAGCUGGACAUGUUACAUCCAAAUACUGCAUACACAUUCAGGGUGCGCUGUUCAGCAGCUGACCACUUCUGGAAAUGGAGUAAUUGGAGCGAGAAAAAACAGUGGACAACAUGGGAAGCCCCUCCUGUGAGGGGACCAGAUAUCUGGAGAGAGAGAAGCUCUGUUGGAGGAAAUGUAAUAAAAGUCUUUUGGAAGCCACUACCUCUCCUUGAAGCAAAUGGGGUAAUACACUCCCAUGUAGUAUCAUAUUAUCUGGAUACAGAAGUACAGUCCAAGGAGAUCCCUGCACCCUUAAACAGCACUGAAAUCGAACUUGGAAAAAAUGACUGUAACAUCAGUGUUGUAGCCAAAAAUGGAGCAGGCUCAUCCCCUCCUUCUAGGAUAACUAGCGUGGAACUUCCAAGCGACAAUGUCAAAAUAAAGCAGGCAAUUGCAACAGGAAGUGGAAUUUACAUUACUUGGCAGUCUGACUCCGAUGUGACCUGUGGCUACACAGUAAAAUGGUGUCGUUCCCCUGGGUGUGAACCGUAUAGUGUGGACUGGGAAACAUUUCCUUCAAAUGCAACAGAAGCUGUGAUAACAUCUGAUCUAUUUCAGCCUGGUGUGAGAUACAAUUUUUCUCUCUAUGUCUGUAAAUCCAGUGGAUAUCAGUUAUUGCAAAAUAUGACUGGAUACAUACAAGAAUUGGCUCCAAAAGUUGCACCUAAUUUUACUGUAGAAGAAACCUCUUCAGAUUCCAUAUUGGUAAAAUGGGAAAACAUUCCUGUUGAAGACUGCCAGGGAUUUUUAAAAGGAUAUUUGCUUUUCUUUGCAAAGGGGGAAAAAGAUCCUUUAAAACCAAAGUUAUUGGAUCCAGGGCAUCCUGAGCUAAAAGUAAAGAAUAUUACUGACCUAACACAAAAGUCGCUGCGAAUACUUGACCUUCAAGGCAAAACAAGUUAUCAGUUGGACUUACGAGCCUACACUGCUGGUGGAAUAGGCCCAUCCAAUGGCCUGUAUGUGGUGACAAAAGAAGACUCUGUGGGGCUGAUCAUUGCCAUUCUCAUCCCAGUGGCAGUGGCUCUUGUGUUUGGGGUGGUGACCAGCAUCCUUUGCUACCGAAAAAGAGAAUGGAUUAAAGAAACGUUCUACCCUGAUAUUCCAAACCCUGAGAACAGCAAGGCACUGCAGUUCCAGAAGAACAUAUGUGAGGGGAACACUGCCCUUAAAACAUUGGAAAUGAACCCUUGUACCCCCAAUAGCGUUGAAGUGCUAGAAGCACGAUCUGCAGUCCCUAAGAUGGAGGACACAGAAAUUAAAUCCCCUGUCGCGGACAGUGAGCCCCCUGAGGAUGUCUCUGACACAGAAACUGAAAACCUUGUGGUGGUGUCAUACUGCCCACCUAUCAUUGAGGAGGAGAUCUCCAACCCCUCAGUAGAUGAACCUGUGGGGUCUUCUCAGGUCAUUUAUAUUGAUGUUCAAUCAAUGUAUCAGCCUCAAGUUAAACCAGAGGAAGAGCCAGAAAUAGACUUUGUGACUACAGAAGGCUAUAAGCCACAAAUGCACUUGUCUAUUAAUACUAUAAAAACAGAGAAUCACUUGCCCACAGAAGAGGAUGCUGAUAAAACUGCAGGCUACAGACCUCAGGCAAACACAAAUGCCUGGAAUGUAGGCACUCCAGACUCUCCUAGAUCAAUCGAGAGCAACAAUGAAAAUACAUCUUUUGGAAGCCCAUGUUCCAUUAAUUCUCGACAAUUUUUGAUCCCCCCAAGGGAUGAUGAAGACUCUUCCAAGCCAAACAACAUUGGGUGGUCCUUCACAAAUUUUUUUCAGAACAAAGCAAGUGAUUAACAGUGGUUGCGAUCAUUUCAGCUGGACCUGCCAUCUCAAUAAGCUCUUAUUCCAAAUGUAAAAACAGCAUGAGUUCUUGGAGAUAGUCUGCAGAGGUUUUUAGUGUGCUGAAUGUUACAGUGAAAGUGUUAAUGUUGCAUUUUAAUAUAGGCUAAAAGCCAAAGUUCUAGCAACUUGAUUAUUAUGCUAGUAAAAUAUUAAGGAAGUUUCAGUGGUAUCUCCUGGUUAUCUUAGCUAAAGAGCUCUACUUCAAAGUAGUGUUUCAAUGGUUAAUAUGGCCUCAUGCAGCUUGUUACCUUGGAAGGUGCUCUGUUUUUGUAGCUGGUUUCUAUUAUGCAUAUUCAAAUAACAAAAUUCAAACUCAUUUGCAGAUUGAGGGCAGUGACAGUAGUGUCCUCAGCCUAAUCAUUAGGGUGUAUAUGCUUAAAUUGUUUAUUCAACUAUUAGCACUUCCACCUAUGCUUUGUUUAUCUAACUUUUACAAUCCCACAUACAAAAACAGCAUCACUACUGUCUUAACAUUUUAAGCAAUGACUAUUCUUAUCUGUUGUCCAGUAACCAGGACACUAAUUACUGUACCUACUGUGCAAGGUUCAUUCAGUAUUUGACUCAGGAGUACAAACUUGGAAAACGUGUAACACUGAUUUAAACCUCAACCAGAACUGCAUGAUGUUUAAAAUUUAGCAUUAUUUUUUAAACCUUAAAACACUAUUUUUUCCCUGACACUUCAGUUAAGGAGUUAGUGUUUCUUAACAUAUUGCACUAAUGUAUUUUGUAUAGCUGUAGCUCCAGAUCUGAUGCCUCAAAGAGGUUAAGUAUCUUCUCCCUUUCCUCUCCCCUGAAAUGCCAUUUUAGACCAAUAGCAUAGCAUCUGGAGCUGAAGGCUUGUAAGCAUCAUAUCCAAAAGAUUAGUCUCCGUUUAACAGUCCUUGAUUGCACUAACCUACCCAUCAAUGUUAUUUCAUAGAUUACAUUUGGUAGAACUAGCUGCUAGAGCAGGUUUGCUCCACCCAUGAGUAGUAUUAGCACCACGAGAGAAUUGUUCCUUGGCUUGUCUUCAGCUGUAAUAGGCCCCCGCUAUCCGUGAAGAAUUUCUGUGGCUACUCUCCAGAAACAGUCUGUCCCAGCAUGCAUUCUCCACAGAUUUCAUGUGGAAAAAGAAGGUGGGAUUUCUCCAUAGGCAGUGGGGAGCCCAGAGAAGCUGAUGCACUAAUUUUACCUCUCUAGCACUGGUCACCUAAUACAACAGUUAUAAUGGUGAGUUUAGUUUGUGUGUUUAGAGAAACAUUCUCAAGAAAGAUGAUUUUUAAUUUCUGUUUUCAUUUAUGUAUCUUAAAAAGCAGGUGUAGCAUUUCACUGCACAAAAAUUAGAUGGUGGUGCUGCAUGAAUAGUGACUACUUUGCUGACUUUGUUUUGUAAAAUAAAUAGUAAUGGUAAGCUGUUACAUGACAUAACAUUACAGCAAAACAGAGUCUUCUAAAGUUCCCAACCCUUUCAAGAUCUCAGUUUUAAACAGCUGAUUUGUAGUACCUCAAAUGUCUAAAUUGCAGUGGGAGCCUUAUGUAUUAAGCAUUCAGACUGUGCGGCUGAAUUUGAAAACAAGCUCACGGCUCUAAGUGAAAGCAGAUGAGAGAGAGACUGUUAACAAGGUGGAAGUUGUGUAGACUGCAAACAGCAUUAUCUGGCCACCACCGUCUUGCAAGAAACUACCUUAAACUUGAUGAUAGUAACGCACAGUAGGUCUCAAACUACCUCUGCAGUCCUUUAGACAGAACUGGCUGAAAGGGUAGAUGGAUUUUCAAAUUGACAAACAGGCAAGCAACGAAGUAAAAGAUACCAAGAUAGGCAGCUUCAUCAUCUGCAACUCCUGGAAAGCCCAGAUAAGAUUCCUUUUUCUGAAUGAAUUUCAGUAUUAAUGGUUCUUCCAAUGAAAGGGAAUACAUUUGAAAUUAUUAGGAGUCUUAGAGGCAUCAGAUCUGGAUGUCAGACAUCGUUGUAAGAGACCAGUUUCAUCCACCGUCUGUAGUUGACAACUUAUUCUAAACUUUAAAAUCUAUAUAAUGGUUCUGCCUUUAUGGAACAAGACAUGGCUGAUGAUUGGGAUUUGCUAAAUCCAAAUACUAAAGGCUUUACUAUCCAUUCCAAAGUUCAUAAUACCUCAUUCUAGAGUAGUGCUAAUGUUUACUAUUGUAGAACCAACAUAGAAAUAUUUAGUUUCUAAGACCAAUGGACUUCAUCAUGACCCAGUAUACUCCUAGAAGCAGGAGGCAUAAAAGAAAGAUAAACAGGUGAUGUACUAAGAAGAGAGAGUUUGUUUCGUUUACUUCAUCAUACACAUUAUUCUUUUCAAGUAAGCAACUACAAUGUCAUCUCUUGAUGGUUCUUGUGAGAAACAUGCUAUAGCAGUUACAGUGAUAUGAUGACCAAAACUAGAGUAGGUCUCAUAAUGGAGCAGCUAGUCUUGAAAAAGAGCCAAAAUCUCUGGUUGGUCAUUGGUAUGUUUCCCAAGACGCACAUUCAAGCCAGAAAGUAUUUUUAUCUGGGCAGUAACAUUACUUGUAUUAAAUGUUAAAAACAAAACCAGUCUGAUGCCUCAGCUAGUGUGUGCUUGUAUGUAGAUUAGUAUAGAUCAGCCCUGUAACUUUCACAAUCUCUCUCUCAAAAAAUUAAAACCAUGACAGAUUCCAUGUACUGUACCUGCUUUCAGUACCUGUUAUUCCAUGCGCGUGCCAUUUGUUGUUAGUAAAGCCAGUGAUAUUUCAAAUCACCUAAUGUCUGAGUGAUGGCAGUGUGCUUUAUUUUCUAAAUAUAUAGGGUAUUCUAUGUUACAUGUAUACCCAAAUAGUAUGUGGGAGUAUGUACUCUUUCACUAACGGUGCUACUCAAUUGCCUCUUUAAAAUAUGACCAUUUUAUUUCAUCCAAGUUAAUUCUUUGCACCAGUGUUCUGGGGUACUUCCUGAUCUUGGAGGUCUGUGGCGGAGAAAUUGUAAUCUUGGUGAACAAGGGCUUAUCUAAACCCCUUCACAUGAUGUCAUUGUAUCUGGGGUCAAUACAGUAGAUAAAAGACAGGAGUGUAUAUAUGCAUGCACCAUCUGUAGUGUCUUAAUUGUUGCAAAGAGAGGUAGUUAGCUGUGUUAGUCUGAAUUCAGAUAUACAUUAGGGUAGAUUUGCAUCUUAUAGACCAACUCUGACUUAGUUUAUAAAUUGCAAAUGUACUAUGCCUUCUACUGUAAUUGUUACAAGCCAGUAAGCAGUUUUUGUCAUAACAAUUUAGUCCUUGCAACCAGUGCUUCACAUUGAGCUUAUCUGCUCAUUCACUGGUCCGGGGUGCUUUCUGAAAGCUGCUUCAAAUGCUUUAUUUAAAAAUAUUAUUUGCAAUUUGCACAGACACCAGAAUUGUAACACCCCGAGGAAGUAUGCUGACUUAGUGAAGAUAUUAAGCAGGCCUUGUGUGGCAUAGCAAAAUAGAAUCAAAUGGCUAGUACUGUUGGGUGACUGAAGUGCUUUCAUUAUCUGCCUGUAUGUCCGGUAAUCACUGAAGCGCCUUAAAGAAAAAAUGGACCAAGUAGUCUUCCAUACCAAAUUCACUCCCGGUGUAUGGUGCUUUUUAACUUCCACAAGCAUUGAUUGGAGUUGUAUGGCAAAAAGCCUUGUCCUUCAAAUGAGAUUAGUUCCUUAAUUGGUGCCUUCUGGUAUCCUCAUGAGCCUUCUUUGGUAAGCUAGACACUAAAGGAUUGUUUCUCUUUGUUUCAGGAAAAAAAGUCUCCAUUACCAAAACUACUACUUUUUUAGAUCUCUGGUCUGUUGAAUAUGGAGUGGAGGAAUAAUAUAUAUAAGGGAAAUAAGAUAUAAUGGGGAAAUAAGCAGAAAGGAUCAAUUCAAAACAUGUCACUCCUUUUUUAAGUCCCUAUCUGUUUUCAAGGUUAAAUCUGUUCAGAAAUCUAAGAAGGUAAUUGCUUUGGUAUGUUUUUCUUUUUUUUCCCUUUUUUUUUUUUUAAUGUCAGGCAGUUCAAUUUCGGAGCAUAUAAUUUAUAAUGUUGCUGCUGAUUUCUUCUUUUGAGCCAUGCCUGGUUUGUUUGAUUUUUGUUUUAUAAAAAGAAGUUGUGUAUCAUUCACUCGAUUACUGAGCAUCAGUGCCGGUUGAUUCGCUCUUGCAUAUUCUCUGUUCAGCAUGCUAUUUUUGUUGUACUGAGACACACAUGGGGAAUUGGACACCUGUUUGAAAUGGCACUUUUACAUGUUGCGGUUGUAGAUUCAAAAAGCCUGUACAUGAUAUACCUCACAAAACUAGCUAUUAUCAGAUGUAGUAAGCUAAUGUUACAGAUAGCCAGUGAAUUAUAUUCUCUGCCAUAUGCUUGCUACAUAAACAGAUUUAGGACCUAAUUCUGUGAACAGUUACUAUCAUGUAAUUAACCUGAGUAGGCCUUGCUGUAGUAAUUAGCCAAAGUAAUGGACCUAUACCUUGUAAGAACUAUUUGCAGUGUUGUUCCGUAGAUUAGAGUAAUUGACAGAAGCAACGCACAUUUAGAUAUCUAUUUUAUAUUGUGUGGGAUUAGCAUUUUAGUUUUACUGGGAAAUGGGAGAUGAAGUAGAAAUUAGGGUUGCCCUGAAGAGGUGCGUGGAAGAAGCCUUGCUAAACAAAGUUCUCUCGCUGUAGUGAACUUUGGGCUUUUUAGUUACACAGGUUUAGACUGUGGGGCCCCCGCAAGGCUGUCCUGCUGAGCCAAGUUCAGCUGAAGGCAAAAUUGCUUCAAGAGGAAAAUAAUUAUGCAAGCAAAUAAAGUCUUGUGUGUGGAAGGGAGCAGGAUAGUCAAAGAUUGUUGUACAGAGAAAAGUAAAACAAGACCAUCACUGCUAUAUUUUUAGUCUGCCUUAUUGCUUUUUUGUUGUAAAUAAAAUAUUAAAUAAAAUACUCUUAUAGAAGGGAAUAUAAUUCAAAAGCAUUUAAAAUUUGAAUAUUUGAGUAUUGCUCUGACUGGAAGAAUCAAAUGGAUAACUGUUCUAUUUACCAUAACUACCCAUAGCUUUCCAUGUAAAUAGUACUCUCUGUUCCAAAGUAAAUGAUUUUUAUUAAAAUGUUAGUUCCAGCAGUUUUUAUAUGUCUAAGGUUUUUUCCCCCCAAAAAUCAUAAAUUACAUAUACAAAUGCAUACUUGUGUCCUACUUCAUUUUAAUUUCAUGCUGUGUUAAAAAGUCCUCUUGAAAUUCCCAUGUUUCUUGGGUAUAUGGCCUUAUAUUUGAGGCAGAACAUUCUCUAGCACUCUGCACACCUUUUACACUCGUCCUUGUAUGAUUAGGCUAUGGCUCUUGUAGCAUGUAAAAUAUUAGCCUGGGCAAUGGAUAUUCAAAAGGAGGCUGUUGGCACUUGUUCUUAGAACUCUUUCAUUUUCUUUUUUGAAUCUUUAUCCUUUGAAAGUGGCUUGUAUGAAAACCCAAUCCAAGUGCACUUUGACUUUGGAGAUUUUGAAAUCCAAGUCUGGGUAUAGAUUCAAAUUUUUCCUAUUCUGAAGCUUCAGACAGCGGUAGUUUUUAAAGGUCUACCUACAAUUUGGAAAAUAGUAUCUCCCGUAGCAUUUUUUUCCUGUUAUCCAUGUGUCCAAAUAUUGGUGGCGUUUGCCUGUUCUACAAACAAGCAGUUUUAUAUUCGCAGGGGCUUCCUCAUGCAGCCUUAGAGAUUGUCCCAAUAUUUUCCCCACAAAAAUGUCUAUUUACAUUUUCAGCAAAAAGGGAAUACCAAAAGAAAUAUUUGCAUGAUUUCAAAAAAAAAUCUUAUUGGAACAAUUCUUUAAUGUUUUGCAGCUCAAAUGUUUCUGCAUUUUGAUAAGUUGUUCAAACCAGCAUGCAAAACAGACA